UCGAGGAAGCAGAGUCUAAUCAUCGAAAAGCAGAGAGGAUUGUGGUAGAUCUUCAUCAGCUAGGAGGCAUAAGCAAGGAGGAGAAAAUGGAGACUGAGUUUGAGAUAUCCACGUCUCUGUCCAGGGUGUACCAGCGGCAAGGCAGGUCAGAGGAGGCCCUGGGUCAGUGUGAGAGUAGUUUGCAGUUGCUGGAGGGCUGGGAAAGGCCAGGUCAGGCCUGCUCCGUCUAUAAGGACAUGGCUGCCAUCGAACAGGCCCAGGGCCGCCUCGACAGAGCUUUAGAGCACCUCUCUAAGGCUCAUGCCAUAGCUCUGAGUCAGAGCCCUGGGGGUCUGGAGGGGGCUCACAUCGCUCACAGCCUGGCCUUGGCUUACUCUACUGUAGCAGAGCCCCACCACAAUGACUCAGCAGCACACUACUAUGAGGAGAGUCUGAGUACAUACAGGACCUCCCUAGGCCCACAGGCUACUGUCACUCUCAACCUUCAGGAUGACUACUGUCGCUUCCUCCUCCUCACUGGGCAGCAAGAGAGGUGUGUAGAGAUCCAGAGGGAGUCCCUGGCCUUGAAGAGAGAGACAUUUGGUGACCUGAGUCCUGAGGUGGCUGACACUCUGCAGCUGAUUGGAGGGGUGCAGAUGACCCAGGGCCAGGUGAAGCAUGCCCAUAGGACCAUGAGCAAGUGUCUGGACAUUCAGAGUGUCCUGUAUGGCCCUCAGCAUAAGAAGACAAGAGCCACGCAGAAGACAGUGGACAUGCUGGCCCAGGCGCCCGAGGUUGCUGGGAGACAGAAGAGGGAGGGUAGCCUGAAAACAAGGCCUCCUUUCUGUGCAGUCCUACCUUCUUAUAGCAAGGCAGGAGGAAACGCCAACAUGUCGGACUCCUAACAUGCCAUCUGAGCUGGAUGAAUGAGCCUUGGCCCUCUAAGAAAAUAAAGCCUCUCCCUUUGUCGCAAGGAGAAAUUCUAUGAAUUGGAAAUGGACAAGACCCCUGGCAAUCCUUUCUGUUUUCAUUGUGCAUUCUCUGAGGAAUUAGUGUCAGGCUGUUGGCAGGACUACGCAGACAGAACUCCUCAGAAUGAAGGGAAGGUUCUACAGCUCAGAGAAGAGCUGCAGCGGAGGACUCUGUCCCUUCCUUGUCUCUCUGUGUGUACAACGAAGACGUUCAAUGUUAUGUUUAUGUUGUAUUAAUAAAGACUCAAACUCAGGA